AUGGAGGAAGAAGAGAAAAACCCUAGUUCGAUCUACAUAGUGACCGAUCUACUGGAAGAUAUAUUCCUUCGACUUCCUUUGAAAUCGAUUCUCAUAUCGAAAAGCGUCUCAAGACGAUGGAAAGCAAUUCUUGAAUCGAAGACGUUCGUGGAGAGACGAAUGAGUCUUCAAAAGAACCGCAAAAUCCUGGCUACUUACAACUGCGACUGCAGCAGGGAGCCUAGGCUACUCCAGGGGUCGUGGUUCAAAGGUGGCGAACAGAUAGUAUAUCUGCAUUACAACACCACACGACCCUCGUUGACUUGCUACGGUUUGGUCUGCAUCCUCGAACCAUAUUGGAUCGACGUUUUGAACCCUUGGACAAGACAACUCCGACGAUACGGCUUUGGAUUUGGAACCAUAAUCGGAGAAUCUUCGGCUUUCUCUCCGAGAAAUUGGGCAAUUGGAUUUGGUAAGGACAGAGUUACGGGCAACUAUAAAGUAGUGAAGAUGUGUUUAUUAUUUUUCGGUAAAACUAGUGUACGCGAUCCUGAGGUGGAGUAUAGUGUUCUUGAUGUUGAAACUGGUGAAUGGCGGAUGUUGAGUCCACCUCCUUGUAAGGUCUUUGCCGUAAAAGGAUCCGUGUGUGUGAAUGGAUCGAUUUACUGGUUACACAACACUAUUGGGACGGUUUGGAAGAUACUAGCUUUGGAUCUUGACAAAGAAGAGUUCCAUAACGUCUCAGUUCCGGUUAUGAGUGUCAUGCAAGAAACCAAUAUAGUGAACCUUGAUGAUCGCCUGGCCAUAGCCAAUACCUAUACUAAGGCUGAAUGGAAACUAGAGAUUUGGAGCAUGGAUACAGAAGUCAAAAGAUGGACCAAGACUUACUCCAUACAUUUAGAUAACAGAGUUGUUUCUCAGGAAAGACAUAACAGGUGGUUCACCCCGGUGUCGGUUUCUAAGCAAGGGAAUCUUGUCUUCUAUGAUAACCAUAACAGACUUUUCAAAUAUUAUCCAAGGAAAAAUGCCAUUAUGUGCCUCUCCUCAGACACUUGUGUUAUAUCUCCAUUCUUUGAAAAUUUGGCACCACUUCCUUUGAAAUCAAUUAUUCCGUAUCCUCAUCCGCGCAGGAGAUCCAGAUGCCCCCUCCUGUCUUCGAGAUCAAAUGAAUGCGGGAUCCUAUAUUUUGUCUUAACCACCACUCUACUAUGGUUGUCUCUCUAA